AUGAAUACCACUGGUCUCUCCACGAAUUGCAUGGCAAAUUCUUCCCUGUUUGAUCAAUCGGUUAGUUUAAAGGAUGAGAAUAUGUUUCUUUGAGGCGUAUAACUUUAUUAAACCUCGAUGUUCAUAGAUUAGAUUGAUUUCGUCAAAAAUUGAUUUGAUUUUGUGGAACUCAGUUUCGAAGUAUUUUAUUUUUUUUUCGCAAUAUUCAAAAAACUUUAUUUGUGCUAACAUUCGAACUUUCUAUUAUGGGGCUAUUCAACGAAAAAAAUAUGUUUUCUCAGCUUUAAGAAAACGGGAGAACAGCGAAGAAAACCUAUUCAAGUCGGUUGAGAAAACAAAAAAAUCAAACAGUUGAAACACACAAAUUGCGACGAGACCCAACGAAAAACAUCGUGUUCCUUUAAGAUACUGUAGAACUUCGCAACGGAACCAAUUUACAGUAAUGCAAAAGGUCAAAGGAAAAUGUUGUUUUUCGUUGGGUCUCGUCGCAAUUUGUGUGUUUCAACUGUUUGAUUUUUUUGUUUUCUCAACCGACUUGAAUAGGUUUUUUUUGCUUUUCUCCCGUAGUCUCAACGCUGAGAAAACAUAUUUUUUUUCGUUGAAUAGCCCCAUUAGAAAAAUUGGAUUUUUUCAAAUUUGGAUUUUUGAUCAUCCUUUAAGGAGCCGAAAUGAAAUUGUUCAAUAAUCGAUAAAACGGUUUUGAACUUACCAAAUCGGCCCUGCUUAACAACUUUGUGAAAUCAGAAUUAAGAAAUAUUGUAUUUGAAAUGAAUUGAAAAAUCUCCGGAUUUUGGCCAAAAUGGCAACUUUACGUCUCAAAGGAUCAUGUUCUGAAAUGGCAGUUGGUAAAAAAUAACGUAAUCAUGUUUUUCUAGAUCACCGAUAAAUCUUAUUAUGCACCUCAAAAAAAUGAUAAUGUUUUGACGUAUGAUGAUGAUGACGAUACAUAUGCAAAUAUAAAAUCAAUCUCGAUGGAAAUAUCGGAAGAAGAAAGAUUUGACUUCUUGCUGCGAGUCAAACCACAACUUGUUGAUGUUUUCAAAAAUGAAAAAGAUCUUAAAUUUAUUUCUCGAAUAGUGAGUUUUUAUAAUAAGUGAAUUCAGAAAAUAUAGUCUCUUGGUGGUAGUGCCACGAUAUGAAAUACUCGUUCGGCAACAUUCCCAUUCGGAAAUAUUCGGGAAUUUCUAAAUAUGCUCACAAGUUUACAGAAUUAUUAUUGUCAAUUUAGAGAAUCAUUAUCAAAUUCAAAAAACGUGAGAAAAAAGGGCUCUGUUCGAAAAUAAAGGGGUUUUGAGAAAAUAAAGGGUUUUUUUUUAAAUAAAGCGUUUUUCAGAAGAUAAAGGGGUUUUCAAAAAAUGAAGGGGUUUUCAAAAAAAAGGGGUUUUCAAAAAAUAAAGGGGUUUUCCGAAAAAUAAAGGGGUUUUCCGAAAAAUAAAGGGUUUUUCAGAAAAUAAAGGGUUUUUCAGAAAAUAAAGGGUUUUUUAGAAAAUAAAGGGGUUUUCAGAAAAAAAAAAGGGUUUUAGAAAAACAAAAAGGUUUUGAAAGGUUAUUUAUAGAUAUUUAUAAAUAUCUAAAAAGAUAAAGAAUUCGUUUUCAUUAGAAUUUCACUAAGCCUAUGUUCCAAACUGGCACAGACCAAAAAAAAUUAGAGUUUUCAACAUUUCCACCAUUCUAAGCUUAGGCUUAGUGAACUCCCGUAGAGCACAGAUCCACAUCAAAACCGCAGUAAAAAAAAAAUCAAUACUUGAUAAAAUUGACAAAAUUUUGGACUCGUUUAAUGGAGUCCCUAUACUUUUUUUCGGACCCUUAAAAUAAUUUUUCUUGGAAAACGUUAAUUUUUUUGGUCUGUGUCAGUUUGGAACAUAGGCUUAGGCUUACAUUAUGUAUUUUCAGAUAAAGGGAAUAUUUCGGUUUUAAAAGAACAGUUAUCGGAAACGAAAGUGUUAUUCAUGUUUUCAAUAUUGGAAAGACAAAUUGAAAUGGUAUCCAUUCUUUUGAAUGGAAAAGUUAUGCAACAACAAACAAUUGAAAUAAAGGAUAAAAACGAGUUUUCAAUGAAUUCGAUGGGAAAAACAACCGUGGCCGAAAUAUCAACACUUAAAACAAGAAAAAUGAACACCACGGUUAGUUUAAACGAUGCAAAAUGUUUCUUUGAUGCGUUGAACUUUUCGAAAACUCGAUGUGCAAAGAUUUGAUUGAUUUUGUCAAAAAUUGAUGUGAUUUUGUGAAACUAUGCUUUGAAGAAUUUCACAUUCUUAUUCGGCGGAAAAUAAUGUAAUAAUGAUUUUCUAGGUAAAUUCGUGCUCCUACCGAGAACCCCCCCGUGGCAAUACAGCAAUCGAAAACAUAUUGGAUCCAACUUAUUCAAAUUCUGUAAGUUGGACCAUUGAGGACGAAGAGGAAAAUCCACAAGUUGUAUUGCCACAGUGUGAGGAAGACAAUCUUCGAAUAACAUCAAGCUUGGUGAGUUUUCAUAAUUAGUCAGGUUCAGGGUCAGACGCUAUAUUUCAUGAAAUUUCCAAUUUUUAGCUCAAAAUACCCUCCAAAAAAUCCUAAAACAGUAAUUUUUCUGAUUUUUUAGAGGUCUAACAUGAGUGAUAUUUUUGACGCCGACCUCAAAUUUCUUAAUUCUAGCGACUACAAAUCUGACUUUGAGCGCAAUAUUAGCCGUUUUCCCGACAAGCUUGUUCCUGAUUCAUUAAAAGAAAAAGAGGUUUUUGAAUAAAAAAUUCGCUUUCAGAAUAUUGGAUUGCACAGUUGGUACAUUGCAGAAAACGAGGAAGAUGCAGAACUUGUAAUGAGAACAGCAUACAAUAUUGUGAGUUUUUAUAAUUAGUGAGAGCAGAAACGUAUAUAUUCCAGUUUAAAAAAAUAAGGAAUUUCUGAAAUUGUUAAUGACAGAAUUACCUUGAAAUUUUUGAAAAUCCCGCAUAGAAGUGGGAAAUGAAAAAACAAUUCCAAUUGCCAUGAGUUUUCUUGGUUUAUUUCUAAAUUGUCUUUAAAUUGUUUAUUUUUCAUUUCUUACGUGCUUUUCAAAAACUUCGAGGUAAUUCUGUAAACUGAACAAUUUUAGAAAUUCCAAAUUUUUUAGAAUUGAAUUGUUGCUUAACGAAUAUUUCAAGACAGAUCUAUGUUUUUUCAACAUGUUUUUUCAUAGGAAAAUGUGCGUAAAUGAGGAAAAUUCAAUUUUUCGAAUUAUUUCUGAAAGAGCUUAAAACAAUUUUAUUCAAUUACAGCUCAAAUCUUUCCGAGGUAUGUUCGAAAAGGAAAUGAAUGUUGUUCCACCAAUUGGAAUAGUCUAUCCAUUUAUUCGAACAGAAAUAACAAAAUCAGGAGGAAAAUUGAGAAUUGUAAGUAGAAAAAUAGCGAAUAAUUAGUUUCGAGCAUAUAUCUUAGGAACUCAUGGGCUAGGAUUCUGCGCAUCGCCCAGAAUUGUUUCGGGUCAAACUGUCUCAUUUCGGCUUAAUUUUCAUUCUGCGCUCUACACAGCCUUCACCCAAUUACAUCGGAAAGCCAAUAAAAUAUCAUUGUUUUUGUGUUGAUCAAAAAACUUCUUCAUAUUUGAUAAAACUGUUUAUUGUGAAAUGUCUGCACCCAGCCAUCUUCACACUUUUCUCCUCUGAUUUUUAAUCUAAAUGUUUGUUGUGCCAACCAUUCACGUUAGCGAUCCCUUCAAAAUUCUAAAUGUAUAUCAUCAUCAGAGUAAUAAAAUAAAAUGAAAAGAUUCUGACACGUGAAUCGUACACUGCUCGCAGUUUUCCUAAUCCUAGCCCACGAUCUAUGCAUAGAUAUUAAAACUUUGAGUUGAAUAAUUUCAGUUGGGAGAAGCUUUGAUAAUAGCGACGUGGUCAGUUCCGCAGUUUCAAAAGAUUCAAGAAGUUAUCAAGAAAAUCGAAGAAAAUACAACAAGACCAAGAGCUGGUUCCAAAAUACUCGAAAAAAUAUGCUUGUUGGCGAAAAAUCGAGAUCAAUGUCACAAACUGGAUGCCAUACUGCAAAAUUUCAUAGUAAACGAGACAACAACAGGUCAACUCGAAAAAGUAGGUUUUUUAAAACUCCCAAGUUUUAUGAUAUGUAGUUGAAACAAAAUAACAGUUGUUAUUUAGGAGUUGGACGAUGCGUGUGAAACGGGAACAACAACGCGGAAAGAAAAUCAGAAGAAAACUUUUAUCACAACAUCUUCGACCGAUUAA